CGCUUAAUUAGUUGAGUACUCCUUAUUCCUUAAUAAGACCAAAUCUUUCCUGUUUCACUGAAUUUCGAUCUUUCCAUUCUGGGGGAGGCCAAUUUUCACUGCUUCAUUCAUUAAUUAUGGUGGUCGCUUCAUAUGAAUCCUUCCCGUCAAGAAUAAGACAGCCGCCGGCGGGAUCCGUCCCCGCCCAAAGCCUCUCCGACCGCCGGCUCCUACAGACGCUUCUCGCAAUUUCGCUGGAAAUCUCCUCGGCCCAGCCAAUUCGUUAUCUCAUAAAGAAAAACACUUGCUCGAUGAUCAGAAGGUCAAAGCUGAUGAGCCUUCUCUUCGAAGAGCUUCUCCGGUGUCCGGCAACGUCGUUCCAGCCGACGGCCGUGUUGUGCUUCGAAGAGCUGUACAUAGCUCUGCAGAGGGUGAAGGCGUUGAUGGAAAAUUGCCGGAACUCGAGCAAGAUGUGGCUGCUGAUGCGGAUCGAGCCGAUCUCCAACUCCUUUCACGAACUCGCCGUCGAAUUAUCGACGGUGUUCGACAUUCUUCCGGCGAAGGAUUUGAGUUUAAGCGAAGAUUUGGUUGAGCUGAUCUGUCUCAUCCGGAAACAGAGCUCCGAGAAGGACGCUUACGUGGAUUCCGCCGAUAAAUCUCUCCUAGAAGACGUUCUUCGUAUCCUGGACGGAAUCAAACGGAAAAUUCCCCCGGAGCACCAAAAUCUCGACGAGAUUUUCCAUAAAUUGACUCUCAUGGAUUCCACUAGUUGCAGAGAUGAGAUCAAAAGUUUGGAAGAAGAGAUUCAGAGUCAAUCGGACGGCAAAUCGAAAUCCGAUAUCCUCGCCUUGAUCAGCCUGGUCCGCUACGCGAAAUGCGUAUUGUACGGCGCUUCUACGCCCAGAAACGACGGAAGGCGGCGGAAGACGACGGCGGACGUCACUGUCCCGGCGGACUUCCGGUGUCCGAUCUCUCUCGAUUUGAUGAGGGAUCCUGUGGUGGUGUCCACGGGACAGACGUACGACCGUUCCUCUAUUUCUCUUUGGAUCCAAUCCGGUCACAACACGUGUCCCAAGACGGGUCAAACAUUGACCGGCGGCCAGCUCAUUCCAAACGUGGCUUUGAAGAGGUUGAUAGCUAUGUGGUGCAGAGAACAGAAAAUCCAGUUUGACUUAACGGAGUCCCACGUUACAACUGACGGAGCCGUGACCAACAAGGCCGCGUUGGAGGCCACCAAGAUGACGGUGUCGUUUCUCGUCCACAACUUGAAGGCCUCCCGGUCGGUUGAAACCGCGAACCGGACGGUUCAUGAGCUUCGGGUUUUGGCAAAGACUGAUUCCGACAGCCGAGCCUGCAUCGCCGAAGCUGGGGCUCUGCCGUUGCUCGUCAAAUUCUUAGGCUCGGGGCACCUCAGCCUACAAGUUAACGCCGUCACGGCGAUUCUCAACCUCUCUAUCCUCGACGCGAAUAAGGAGAGGAUAAUGGAGACUGACGGAGUUCUUAACGGCGUGAUUGAGGUGCUGAGGUCCGGCGCCACCUGGGAGGCGAAGGGGAACGCGGCGGCCACCGUCUUCAGCCUGACCGGCGUUAGCGCGUACAGGAAGUGCCUGGGGAGGAAGACGCGCGUCGUGAAGGGAUUGAUCGGCCUGGCGCGUGAGGGUCCCACGGAUUCCAAGCGGGACGCCAUGGUGGCAAUUUUGAAUUUGGCGGGGGACAGGGAGGCGGUGGGAAAGCUGAUAGAAGGAGGCGUGGUGGAGAUGGCGGCGGAGGCAAUGGACGAACUGCCAGAGGAGGCUGCGACCUUGCUCGAAGCAGUAGUGAAAAGGGGCGGACUGGCGGCUGUCGCGGCGGCGUUCCCGGUCGUCAAGAGACUGACGGGGUUACUGCGGGAGGGAACGGAGAGGGUACGUGAAAGUGCGGCAGCGACGCUGGUGAACAUGUGCCGGAAAGGAGGGUCGGAGGUGGCGGCGGAACUUGCGGCGGUGCAGGGAACGGAGCGGGUGAUUUGGGAAAUGAUGAGACAGGGGACGGGAAGAGGGCGGAGGAAAGCGGCGACAUUGUUGAGGAUACUAAUAAGAUGGGCAGCCGGCGGCGGCGGGAACGAGCAUUCAAAUGGCGCCACAGCAAUAGUAUUGCCAGGGUAAACCCAACCUGCUUUGCAUUAUCAAUCAAUUGAAAAAAUUAUUCUUUUGAAUCUAAAAACUACCGUACAAAUUGAACCACACAAGCAAAAAUGUGCUAAGAAAUGUUCAAUCUUUGU